GACACGCAAUUGUGCGAGACUUUAUAUAACCGAUUUACACACUGCACCACGUGAAUGGUUAUUUGUCUGUAAGACCGUACUGGGGGCUCUAUAGUCCAAUCAUCAUUUGUAAACGACUUGUGUAAACUGGCUGUCAAAUGAUUUCAAAACAACGGCGUCACUAUUAUUUUAUUUCUGACAUUAAUUAUAUCUUUCGUAGAACUUCGUUAUUGCCAAAAGGUUGUUCAAGUACAAUUCAACAUUCUUAUCGAUGAGGGUAAAACGCUGAUGACGACUGAAGUGAAAUGAAACGGGAAGUGAAAGUUAAAGCUGCUGGUUUGGACAUAAACCAAAAAGAGCGUAGAUAGAAGAGAAAGCAAGGCUUAAAGUUGCUUGAGAAGUGAAGUACCCUGCUCAUCACCAUGACGUCAACAAAUUACCUGUACUUCAUCGUAAAGACAAAACCUCAAUUCCCAGGACACAUCAAUGCUGGCCAAAUAUGCUACAUCAAGGAAUCAAUCUACAAUAAAAAAAAAACAGUCAGAGAAAGGUCUCCAUCUUCUGCAAAGUUGCCCGUCUUCCUUCUUGGUUCAAUUUCAAGCUUAGAUUAUGAAAUAGAGGUGAGUAACAUGGAUAGGCUGAGUGCACAGGAAGUGGAGCUGCUUCUGGCCCUCCCUGAGGACGAAGAGAGGCUGACCUGGUUCAGAGAGAGAGAAGCUCUUCAAACAGCUCUGGGACUCACACUGGGAAGUCCUGUGAUUGUGGAGGAAGGAGGAGAGAAGCUCAGAGGCAUCAUUCGCUACAUUGGACCGAUUACAGAGACCCCAUUGGAUCUCAUUUCAGGAAAGUUCUUUGGCAUUGAACUGCAGGGGGAAGACAGAGGGAAUGGGCACACUGAUGUGUCCUACAGAAACACAACCUUCUUCCCCUGUGAGAAAUAUUCAGGCAUUUUUGCCGCAUUCUCCAGAGUCAGACCUGCGGUUCCCAGCUCCUUGUCACCCUCCGUCCCAAAGCACUCUGCACAAACUGAAGCAGAAGGGCUAAACGUGGGGGAUAGAGUCACCUACUUCAUCGAUGAGAAAUGUCGACAUGGAAUGGUGCUGUAUCUGCAGGGAGAUUCUGUUAAGAUCUCUACAGACAAAGAUGAGUCUGGAAAGAGAGGGGGCGAAGUAGAAGUUCCACUGCAUGAGGUUGUUAAGGGGGAGGUGCCUGCAGAGCCAGAGAGUAUGGUUGUUGAUUCACCUCCAGAGGAACCAGACACUGAGGAUCUGUAUACGGAUCUCAGCGUGAACUCUGUGGUGGAGGUGACUCUGGGUGAUCGCAACUCCUACGGAAUCAUCCGCUGGAUCGGCACUCCGCUGGGUCGACAGGAAAUCAUGGCUGGACUAGAGCUGGAGGAAGACAAAGGAGUGAGUGAUGGUACUAUCUUUAGUGAACGUUUCUUCCGUUGUCCCAACAAGAGAGCUCUGUUUGUGAAGCUGCAGUCCUGCCGUCCUGACUCACGAUUUCAGAGCGCAUCUGCAGAUCCCUGCAACAAGAUGCCAAAACUUGAAGAAACAGAGAGAGAGACGGAGCACAGUGCAGGGAAGCUGGAGACUGUCCCUCCUAUCAGCACAGAGCAGGUUAAGCACAUUCUGAUUGGACGGAUGAAGGGGAUCCAAGGCCACUGCAACUCCUGCUACAUGGACGCUGCGCUCUUUAGCUUGUUUUCCUGCUCCUCUGUGUUGGACUCCAUGCUGUUUAAAUCAACAGAACCUCAAGACGCCCCGAUUCAAAGAACACUGCUCCAGGACAUUGUUAAUCCCCUCCGCAGUAAGGGCUUUGUGGAAGGGCGUCACAUCAUGAAGCUCCGGCAGCAGCUGCAGAAACAUGGCUACAGUCACUCCUUCACCACGGAUGAGAAGGAUCCAGAGGAGUUCCUUACUGUCAUCAUGCACCACAUUCUUGCUCUGGAUCCUCUACUCAAACUCUCAACAGGAGGUAAAGUGCAGGAGAGUUACUGCUAUCAGAUCUUCUUGGACCAGAACCGCCUGUUGCUGCCCACCGUGCAGCAGCUACUGGAGCAUUCCUUCCACACUGCAGCUCUCAAGCUGGCAGAGGCACCAUCCUGCCUCAUCCUCCAGAUGCCUCGCUUUGGGAAGAAAUUCAAGAUGUUUGACAAGAUCAUUCCCUCUUUGGAGCUGGACAUUACUGACCUCCUCUGUGAAGGUCUUCAGCAGUGCAUGCUGUGCGGAGACUUGGCCGAGCUCGAGUGCUCCGACUGUUUCAAAGAGUCCCUUUUCAGCCACACAGGAUUCAAAAUAUUCUGCGGGAAGUGUUCAACUCAGGUGCACUCUCACCCUCAGCGCAGGUCCCAUCAACCCACCGCACUGGAUAUUCCCAAGGCUUACCUGGCCAGCAGCAAACCUCAUACUCUGAUCAGAGACAAGCUGGAGCUGUUCGCUGUGCUCUGCAUCGAGACCAGCCACUACGUGUCCUUCAUCAAACACGGACCCAACAGCAACGACUGGAUCUUCUUCGACAGCAUGGCAGACAGACAAGGAGAAAGUGACGGCUUCAACAUCCCAGAGGUUCACGCCUGCCCCGAGGUCGGCACAUACCUGGAAAUGUCCAUCGCAGAGCUGGCCAAUCAGGUGCCUCGAGACAUGAAAGGUGUGGCCAAACGUCUCUUCUGCGACGCCUACAUGUACCUGUAUCAGAGCCCCAGCAUGUGUCUCUAUCGCUAAGCCGACGCCACCCCAUAGCUUUCUUUUUGCACAAAAUGUAAAAAUGGGUUUUGAUUUGUGGAUUGGUUUGAUAUUCUUUUAUGAAUGUGUGGUAGUACACACAUAAUCAUUUAAAAUGUGUAUAUAUAGAAUGUUCUGCCCUGGUUUCUGGAAAUGUUUUGUCAGGCUUAAAUAAUUUAUAUUUUCUGUGAUACUUUAAGAAGAUAAAGCAGAAACUGACAUCGCUUGCUCAAUCAUUUUUGCACAAAAAAAUCAUGGCAUUGCUAGAAAUCACUGAUGUGUGUGACAAAUGUUAAGUGAAUGAGUGUAGAGGUUGAAAAAGAUUACCAAGGAAGAAAGCCAAAUAAUGAUUUCAGAGUGGCGGUCUAAUAAAUGCAACUUAAAGUUCUAUUGGGAAAACA